GGCUUCGGAAACUCAAACUGGUAUUGGGGGUUGAAAUGACCUGCGGUUUACAGGCUCGAGUCCUUACGGACAGCUGCAGUAAACUUUUUCUCAGCCGACUAGGCUGAUCGCGAUCAUGUUUUCACAGAAACACGGCACGACAUCGAAGCCACUAAAAUCCGUUCGAUUGGACGUCGACGAGCAGGAGAAGAUCGCGAAGUCCGGGCUGGAAAUGAAGCUGAUCAGUAGCGAGAUGGACGCCGAGACGGAAAAGUGGCAGGAGAGCAGCACGCAAAUGGAGGAAAAUAACGACAUCGUUAAGAGAGCGAAGAACAUGUCGUCGAUGGCGUUCUCCAUGUAUCAGUUCACGAAGGGCGAGGGCUCUCUGAAAACCACCCAGGAUCUGUUCACGCAGGCGGAGUACUUUGCGGAGGAGGCGAACAGGCUGUACAAGGUGAUCAGGCAGUUCAGCUACCAGGUACCUGGGGGCGCUAACAAGAAGGAGCUGCUGGAGAGUCUGGACAAGGUGCCGACGUUCGUACAGAGACUCCAGUUCACCGUCAAGGACCAUACGGUGGGGAAGGCGGCGACGUUUACCAAAGUGGAUAAUGUGAUACAAGAGACGAAGAAUCUUAUGAACGUCAUAUCAAAAGUCGUUACGACAUGUUUCGAGUGUGCUACUAAGUACUGUAUACCGAUCCCGGGUUCGGAGCUUUUUGUUCCUCCUCCUGACAAGUAUAAGCUGGAGUUUCGUGGUGCGAACGGCGUGUCCGGCCGUGGGUCCGGUGGCGAGGGACGUUCGUCUUCCGGCGUCGGUGGAAGCGGCGAUAACAAGGGAGUAGGUGCCACAGGAUCGGAUCAGAGUUUAUGACAGUUGGGGAUGUCCAGACGCAACAAGGGAGACUCGAGACGUACUCGGGUCUCAUUCCUGUUGUUCUAGGACAUCUUCGGCUGCGUUGUUAUAUAUUGUUAUAAGCGGUAUAUUGUUCCCAUUUUGUUGCUAUGAUAUCAAAAACGUUUGUAGUAUUUAUUUUGUAAUCAAAGGUAUAUCGAUUAGUUGCUCUCAGGAAGACCUUCAUAAGGUCUUUUCGGUGCACUGCUUAGGUAGUUGCUCAACGUCUUUAGUGCCGAAUGUUUAUUGUCGAAUGUACGUUGUUCGUACCAAACUUAGACGUUGUAAUGCAAAUGAAAGAAUUAUGGCUGAAAACUAGAGAGAUCAGUGCAACAUCAUUUACGUCAAACAGAUUUUAGUGCUUUUUACUGCAAUCCAAGAAAUCUGUGUUCUCCUAAAGUUGCAUCAAUUCCCAUAGAAAUUAUCUGGAUUCAGGAUUACCCUAGGUCGAAGCAUGCAGUAGUGGUAUAUGAAGUUCCUUACUAGAUUUAUCCGGUUUUAACUUUUUCGGGCAUAGCGUAAAUUCUGCAGUUCAAAAUUUCUCAACGUAUGCUCGGUUUGAAACACGUAAUGCCGGUGAAUAUUUUAACUUCGCGCGAAUAUGACUUUUUUUUAAUUUUUAGUUGGACGAAAUUAAUUUGUCGUCGCUCAAGUCAUAUGCCGCUCUCCUGAAAAUGCACCGGUCUGCACGCGUUUCAUUUUCAAUGUCAACAAAGGCCUAUUUUUUGUAAGGUCAUCACAAGGUCAAUUAUCUUAAUGUUAUAUGCUAAUAAUGUGUCCUUGAGCAAACCUCUAGUCUAGAAAAUGAUCAUUUGAGAGAAAACUAAAUUGACCUUUGCACGUGAAAGGAUUAACGUGAACGCGACUCAAGGUUAACAAGGGCUAAUGAGACCAGUCCAGUUCCGUGGUGUUAUAUUUCAUUUUCAAAGGUCAAUGGCCCCAUUUUUGUAGUGUCAUACUUCAUUUUUAAUGUCAUCAAAGGUCAAUGCUCGUAAGGUUAUAUGCUAAUAAUGUGUUCUUGAACGAACCUCUGGUCUAGAAAAUGAUCAUUUGAAAAAUAACCUGUACUUUGUACCCCAACUACUUUCCACUAGAGGAUAGCGACCUUAACCUUCACCUCCACAAAUUUUCCAGCGGGUAAGCAAUCUCUGAGCCUUAUUUCCAAGGUCACACAGUUAUUACAUAAUUCGGCGCUAUUGUUCGCAUUUAUCGUAAUAGUUUCCCAUUCGCGCAAAUUAAACUGUAUUUAAGGUCAUGCAACUUGACUUCACACUUAGAACUUCACGCGUUUGUUCGUAUUUACGGCGAUGAUUUCCGAGCGGAAGAUAUCCCUUUCAAAUAAAGGUCGCAAUUUUCUUCUUGUUUGAUUUAAACAUCAAUAGAAGACCUAUUUUCGUUCUGAAUCAGAAAGUGACUUCACACCAAUCAGAGACGAGCACGCCCUCUAUGCUCCCCCUGUGCCGUCACAGCCAAUGAGCGGCGUGAUCCACUAUUUUGUCGGGCACCAUCUUGGAUCGGUCGCCAUUUUAUUAGUCACUAAACCCGCCAUUUUGUUAGGCGUCAUUUUGGAUCGGUCCCUAUUUUAUUAGUUACCAAAUCCUCCAUUUCGUUGGUCGUCGUCUUGAAUCGACCGCCAUUUUAUUAGUCACCAAAUCCGCCAUGUUGUGGGGUGCCAUCUUGGAUCCGCCCGCCAUUUUAGUAGUCACUAAAUCCGCCAUUCUUCUGCAGUCCGCCUGUCUCGUGCCAUCCGCCAUCUUGGAUGUUAAUUUGGACUCAAAUUCCGGCCUCAAAAGAAGGCAGUGUACCUUCCUUUUUACCAAAAAUCGACUGCUUCAACAUUUCUCGGGAAAACACUUUUUCUCUCUAAUUUUCACGCGUUUGUUCGUAUUUACGGCGAUGAUUUCCGAGUCGGAAAAUAUCCUUUUCAAAUAAAGGUCGCAAUUCUCUUCUUGUUUGAUUUAAACAUCACUAGAAGACCUAUUUUCGUUCUGAAUCAGAAAGUGACGUCACACCAAUCAGAGACGAGCACGCCCUCUAUGCUCCCCCUGUGCCGUCACAGCCAAUGAGCGGCGUGAUCCACUAUUUUGUCGGGCACCAUCUUGGAUCGGUCGCCAUUUUAUUAGUCACUAAACCCGCCAUUUUGUUAGGCGUCAUCUUGGAUCGGUCCCUAUUUUAUUAGUCACUAAAUCCUCCAUUUUGUUGGUCGUCGUCUAUGAAUCGACCGCCAUUUUAUUAGUCACUAAAUCCGCCAUGUUGUGGGGUGCUAUCUUGAAUCCGCCCGCCAUUUUAGUAGUCACUAAAUCCGCCAUUCUUCUGCAGUCCGCCUGUCUCGUGCGAUCCGCCAUCUUGGAUGUUAAUUUGGACCCGCCAUCUUGGAUCCGCGUCAUCGGUCACGUGAUCGCUAUAGACAUUUUUUUAUUUCGUGUUGGGAAUCGAACCCACGAUACCUGAAAUAAAAAGCUAUCCCGUAACCAAUUGAGCUACGCAGGCUUUGGGAGAUUCAUUCAAUUCUAACCUAUAAUUCAAUCUCUGGGAAAUGCAAAGGGGCCCCCAGUGAUGCUGAAUUAUUGGUCAAGGGGAAGGGCAUAAGUGGCGUGCUCGUCUCUGAUUGGCUGUGACGUCACAAGUUCGUCUCUGAUUGGUGUGACGUCACUUCCUGAUCCAGAACGAACAUAGGUCUUCUACUAGCAUGCUUUGCUACUGGCAACCUACGCAACUUCUCUGAAAAUAAUAUUUACAGAUGGUCCGCAGAUUCGCGCUAAUUUCUUCGUUGUUCACGACGCGAAUUACCCCGCGGCUUAUCUGAAUUGCUCUCCCAGCAAUCUUUAUUUUUUAACUCGCACCCAAUCAGGGCCGUACAACCUUCUCCACCAACAAAGACUAAUUUUUCCGUCCAAUCGGUAACACCAAUAACUCACCUCCCCGCAGAGAAAAAUCUCUCUGAAUCUACAAAAUCCAAACUACGUAGCAAGCUUGAUAACAACUAAUGUAAAACGAACAUAAUCUAGCUUAAUCUCGUCAUUUUCCACGGCUUCUCGGCGCCUCAAAUUUUCACACGCAUUUAGCUGGUCGCGCCCCGGUUCUCCCCCUCUCAAUACACUUAAGAAGUUGACCAAGGGACAAAUAUCAAAACCAUACAAAUACACACGACUACACUGAAAUUAAAAUGGGUCAAAGGUACUUGUCUAGUCCAAGCUCUCUCGCCACCUGGGGGUGACCUUGGAAAUUAGGAUUGUAGGACUUACGUUCUUUGUCUUUAAAAAUGCAAUUUGACAUCGAAACCAAUGACCUAGAAUGAUCUUGAGAUUCUAAUUUAGACACCGCAUAAAAAUGAGACCAUUAACCUUGAAAAUAUAAUUUGGCGCCGCAAAAAUUGUUUAAUUGACCUUGGAUGAAUGUAUCAUGGAUGACUUUGAAAGUGUAAUUUUUGACACCGCAAAAAAGGUUUCAUUGACAUCGCGUGACCUUCAAUGUAAUUAGGCACCACCACAUCAAAAAAUUAGGUUUUUGGCCUUGUAUAUCCUUGAAAAUGUAAUUUAACACCGCAAGGAAUGGAUUUUACCUUGAACGACCUUGAUAUUGUAAUUAGUUACCACAUGACAAGGAGGUUAUGGCCUUGGAUCACCUUGGUAGUGUAAUUUAAGACCGCAAAAUUGACCUUGGAUUGUCUUGAAUCACCUCGAACCUGUAAUUUGAAACCGAAAAAAGGGUCAUUGAUCUUGGAGG